GAGAGGGUAAUCUAAAACUGCAUUGACUAAAGAACAGCUAUGCUACAUAAUUGUGCUGAGUGGGAGGAGGAGCUGACACUUUUACUACCCAGAUGUGAUGAGGACAGCAGUGUAGCUAUACACUGGCUGGUGAACUAGUAAAAGCAAUCAAACCCACCCUUGCCUGGGAGGAGAGACAGCAGAGACCUACAGGAGCUACACCAUGGUCUGCUAAAGACUUUUGGCCUCACAUCCUGGAGCAAUAAAUUCCAAGAUCAAAUUGCAUAACAAGAUUUAUACCUGUUACUUCCUGAUACAGGAUUAUAUUUUCAUUACUGGAAUUUCCUGCUUAUAUGGUGACAUGCAAGCCAGGAUUUUCUUGGCUGUUACCGAACCAUUUGAUUUCUUGUUGGAGAAGCACAGAACACAUAGCAGUUAGAGGCUGGCGAUGGGCUGCUCAUACCUUCGCAGUACUUCCCUUGUGAAUUUCUCUCUCUUCAAUACCAUGAUGUCUGAAGAACGUCAGACUUUUCCUGCUUUGAAUUAGAUUAUUUUCUUCUUGUGAGAUAUACAGUUUCUAGUGGAACGUGAAAGGUGGGAAAUACUGAAGUGAAAAGAGAGCAGGAGAUAAAAACCAGAGCAGUAUCAAGAAAAACGUGAAGAGUGGCCAAGACCUGUUGCAGCUUUCGUCUCAGCUAUUCCAGGACAGCUUAUUUUGGGCAGUAAAGGCAACCUGGGCAGACCCCGAGGCUACCAAGAUUGCGGCCAGUGUCACUUGCCUGCAGGCAAAUCCUUUAAUAAGGCUAAUGAAACUCCAUCCAUCGGUCUGAAAACAGUCACAACUUGAUUUCAUAUGACCUACAAUAUCACAGUUGUCCAGGGAAGGCGCGGAGGGAGAGGGGCCCCGGGGGGGCAGUGAGGAGCCGGAGCGGUGCCAUCCAGCCCGGGGAGGCGGCGGCCGCGCACCAUGGCGGACGAUGAGAAGGCCGGCGGCAGCCCCGGCGGGAGUUACGCGGGCGGCUGCGAGAGCGCGCACUGCAACGUGCUGAGCUGGGAGCAAGUGCAGCGGCUGGACCGCAUCCUCAGCGAGACCAUCCCCAUCCACGGCCGCGGCAACUUCCCCACUCUGGCCAUGCAGCCCCGCCAGAUCGUCAAGGUGGUGCGGAGCCGGCUGGAGGAGAAGGGCAUCGGCCUGCGGGACGUGCGGCUCAACGGCUCGGCCGCCAGCCACGUCCUGCACCAGGACAGCGGCCUGGGCUACAAGGACUUGGACCUCAUCUUCUGCGCCGACCUCAAAGGGGAAGCAGAGUUUCAGACUGUGAAGGACGUGGUCUUGGACUGCCUCUUGGAUUUCUUACCCGAGGGGGUGAACAAGGAGAAGAUCACGCCGCUCACCCUGAAGGAGGCUUAUGUGCAGAAAAUGGUAAAAGUAUGCAAUGAUUCAGACCGAUGGAGUCUCAUUUCCCUGUCCAACAACAGUGGCAAAAAUGUGGAGCUGAAAUUUGUGGACUCUCUGAGGCGGCAGUUUGAAUUCAGUGUCGAUUCCUUUCAAAUCAAGCUGGACUCCCUGCUGCUUUUUUAUGAGUGCUCAGAGAAUCCGAUGACUGAAACUUUUCACCCGACUAUCAUUGGUGAGAGCGUCUAUGGGGAUUUCCAGGAAGCCUUUGAUCACCUCUGCAACAAGAUAAUUGCCACCAGAAACCCAGAAGAAAUCAGAGGAGGUGGUCUUCUGAAGUACUGCAACCUUUUGGUAAGGGGCUUUAGGGCUGCCUCCGAAUCCGAGAUUAAGUCCCUGCAGAGAUACAUGUGUUCGAGGUUUUUCAUUGACUUCUCAGACAUUGGAGAACAGCAGAGAAAGCUGGAGUCCUACUUGCAGAACCACUUUGUGGGAUUAGAGGACCGCAAGUAUGACUAUCUCAUGACCCUUCACGGUGUGGUGAAUGAAAGCACAGUGUGCCUGAUGGGACAUGAGAGGAGACAGACUCUGAAUCUGAUCACCAUGCUGGCCAUCCGGGUCCUAGCCGAGCAAAAUAUCAUCCCCAAUGUGGCCAAUGUCACCUGCUAUUACCAGCCAGCCCCAUACGUAGCAGAUGCCAACUUCAGCAAUUACUAUAUUGCCCAGGUUCAGACGGUGUUCCCUUGCCAGCAGCACACAUACUCUACUUGGCUGCCCUGUAAUUAAGGACCGAAAUUAGUAGCCCCGGUGGGGAGAACAUUUUCUAAGACGUAGGAAGGGGCGACGCGUCCCUUUGAAAUGGGGUGUUUUGUGCAAUGAUGAUCUGCUCUAGUUUUCAAGCUUGGGAAAAGCUUGUGGUUCUUCUAAUAAAUAAUGGGAGCACGAUCAAGAAAGAACCCCAAAAUAAUUGGAUCCUACCCCAGAGCACAAGAGGCCUGUCAUUAAAAGCAACCAGCUUCCCCUGAAAUAAGUGAGGGAGGAAUGCUUGAUGACAAUAUGGGUUGGCAAUAUCUGCUCCCAUAGCUUUGGCAUAGAGAAGGUGGGAAAGCCUUAUUUUCUUUUAUUUUUAUUCUUACUCUAGAAUGGGAUCUGCAAAAGGGAGAAUAUGAAAGAAACAAAACAAAAAAAAAACAACAAAAAGAAAAAAUUCACAAAAAACAAUUCUAUAUAUAUUCAGGAAUUAAAAGUUAGAGGCAUAAAGCAGAGAUAAGCUGAAUAAAAAUGUAUAUUGGAAUUACUGCAUUUGGGGCUUGCAGCAAGUGCCGACUAUGGAUUGACGGUGUAGAAUGUAUAGCUUGCUUGACUAGAACGCUUUACCAGAAACAGCUUGCUCCAAAUGAACAGUAGUGGAUUGGUACAGUUACAAAACAGAAACACGUACGAUGACAAAGUCCAUCAUUUCCAGCUGUGUGCAUGCCUCACAUUUUAAAAAUGUGAGAAUGCAGGACAACCAGCUGUGGCAAACAGAAUAUACUCAAGGACCAAAGAUUUCACAAAUAAGUUAUCCAAGCAAAGAAGAUACAGUAGAGUAUAUAUAUAUAUAUAUAUAUAUAAAAGAAAAAAGAAAAGAAAGAUGUUGCUAUAUUUGUACACACCAACAGUAAUCAAAAGUGCCUGAUGCCUUCAUAAAAUUUGAAGUGAGAAAAAAAAUAUAGUUUUGUGGUUUAACCAUGCAUUUUGUUUUAUCAGGGACACAAGGAUUAAAAACAAAAAACCAUAAGCUUGUGAAUAAGUGGUGGAGGAAAUGCCCUAUUUUUUUCCUUGGCAAAUAUCUGUAUAGAGUUAAUGUUAUGUCGGUGUGCUAUUAUCCUAGGUACGUGUGUGUAUGUGUGUAUAUAUGUUUGUGUGUGUAUAUAUGUACAUGUUAUAGGUGUAUAUCUAUAUAUAUACACACACAAUAUACAUUAAUGUGGUCUAGGAAAAUGUAGCAAAUAAGGAAUGUUUAAAUAAAGUACUAUGUGUUUUCCAGUUUGCGACAGGAUGUCAUAGGACAGUGGGCACCUUGCAGUGAAUUUUAACCCACACCUGAGAAAUUUGGAGUAAAUGAACCAGUCAGGAUUAAGGUGGGAUUCAGAUAAUGUCUUUGGUUGCAAGAACAAGGAUUACAGUAAUUCAGUGGGUUGCUUGUGAGCCAUAAUAAUUCCACAGAUGGAGAAACAUAUGACUAGCUGAUUUUUUUUAAACUAUUUUGUACUGUAAUGCCAUUUUGACAUUUAACCCACUAAUGUUGUGACUGCAUACCUCCAUGAUGUGUAAUUCAGUGGAACGUGGAUCAAAGAUAGGUUUAUUUAAACCCCCUGACAGCUAAAGAAUAUUGUAUUAGUUGGUGAUUUGAACACUAAUUGUUAAUAUUUAAAGGAGUAUUUUUAAUAGAAUGCAUUAUGCAUUCCAGGACCACUAGAAUUUAGCAAAUGUGAAAUGAACCCUUUUUAAGAGUGUUGCACGAUUGCUUAAAAUUAUAUUUUAUAUAUAUAUUAUAUAUAUAUAUUUUUAUGCAAAUAUUAAACAUCUUUGAUCUGGUUGUCACACUGCAUUUACAAUUUCAGUACUGUACUUUAUUUAAAUGGAAUCACUUUACAUUGGAACAAUAACUAUUCACUUUCAUUUCCUCUCCCAAAAGACCAGCAGGGGGGAAAAAAAACAACCUCCGCUGUUGUUUUCACUUCAGUGCCAUCUCUGAAGGUGUUAAAUUCUUUGUUGGGCUUUGAAAACCUAAUGACUAAGUGACACUUGACUCUAAUAUUUUGCUUUUUUCUUAUGGAGGAGAAAAAAAAAAAAAAAGAAAAAAAAAGAAAAGGGAAUUCAGGCUUUUGAACGAAAACUCCCUGUGCCCUGUCGGGUUGCUGGAGGAGGCAGGGGCAGGGGAGAGGGAGAGGACUCGUGUCCUAUCCUGGCAGCGUGUUUUCCCUACGGAGCGAGUAAGGUACAUCUAUUUCUGUCGCGCUUUGUACUUUUCGCUCUGGAGGCGAUUUAACAGGAACCCGAUUUGUUUACUGAAGCACCUUCCCUGUGAGUCCUUCAGGAAACGUAAAAGCUGGUUCAUUGCCGUUCCCGGCGUUGACUCGCAGACCUCGUCCCCACCUUCCCUUCCUCCAGCGCUGGCUGCAGCCUCCGCCGGCGGCUUCUGGUCCCCCGGUCCCUCGAGGUCCCUCCAGCCCUCCCGGAGGGGCCGGGGUGGAUGUUCCUGGCUAUUUCCCCUGGCCUCCAGCUCCUGGGAGGGUUUGCUAGCGGAAGCUACGGGGAGGGCUGGGGAAAUAGGAUCAGCUGGUAAUGUGGUAUGUCUUCUCUGCCACAACUAUUUGCAGCAAAUAAAUGAGUCAUCCGCUUUUUAAAAGGGUUUGAGAAUCUAUAGCUGUGCCACAACCGCAGAACGUUGAUAGUACAAGACACGAUGUAUUUUUCCUUUGAAGGACCCUUUUUUUUUUUUUCCAUCGCUUGAAAGAAAGUUUUGAUUUACUUCCUCUCAGCUCAAAUUUUAUUGUGGUUUUUUUUUUAUGAUUGACAGCAGCUAGUUACCUUAUUAGUGCAUGCAGCAGGGCUCUGAGCUAAACUGCACCUUUCAGCGUUUGCAUUUUGAUACAUAUAUAAUAUGUUUUUAUAUAUAUUAUAUAGGUAUUCCAGAUCUGUUUUGCAUAUGUUAAUGAUCAAGUGGUGGAACUGAUGGAGCUUUGUUUUAUCUGUGACUGGUAGCUUAAAAGGUGCCUGGUGUUAGAGGUGGGAAGAAGGCAUGAGUUCAGGCCAAGAGUAAAAUAAGAACCCCUUUUCAAAGCUGGUUUAUUUCUGCGGUUUGCACACCUUCCCCUCCAUAAAGUCUGACUUUUUUUUAACUGCUUUUCCCCUCCUCUUCAGCACACUGGUACUUUUAAAGUUAACGACCGCGUUCUUGCUUUGUAGACUUCAUUUUUCCCAUCCAAUCAGAUGUAAGGUUAGAACUGGUGCUACAAGAGACAGUGCCCCUUUUAAAGAGUUGAACUGAUUAAAAACAUUGACCUGAUUACAGUAAAACUGUUUGUGCCACAGCUGAAUUUACUGCUAACCAACAGGGCGCUAAACUUGGUUAAAUGUAGCAAUCGUGAAACAACCGAGAGCUUUGAGAUGGGAUUUUUUUUUUCCUUCCUUAGAUGUAGCUGUCCUCCCAAAUGCAAGAACAUUUCUUCUAAAAAUAGAAGGGCAAUUAGAAGACCAAAAAGAUUAUAUUUUUCUAGUUUCUCUUAUUGCACUUAAAAUAUUUUUUAUCUUGCACAAAGGCCUUCACACAAAUCUUCUAAACACCUCUUAUUAAAUGCUUGGUUUGCAUCAUGUCAGAAGCUCCCACCAGUUAAAAAAAAGCUUUUUUUUAUUGAGAAAAUGAAGUGUGUUAGAUAAAACUGCACAGAAAAGGAAAAACUGUAAUUGCAUAUUCAGCUCCUAUUUGAAUAUAUUCUUUUGUAUGGUUUUUCUUUAUGCAGAGAGUUUCCCUUGCAAGAAAGAAAAUCAGUGUACUGUUUUGCUGUUGUAAUAAUGGUUUGCUAACAAAAUAAAUAGUAAAAAAAAAAAAAAGCCUGCAAAUUUCAAGACAGCUUGGCUAAAGCAUUGCAGGCUCCUGCAGUCUGUAGGAGUCUGUGCAGAUUUGCUUUCCCUCAGAUUUCCUUACAACUGGUGCCUUCUCUGCAAGGCAUCCCGUUGCAGCAAACUGCUCCUUGGAUUGCUCUUUUGGAACAUUUUGACUAUAGGCUUUGUCACAGAUGGAAAAAGAGCUGAUGGAAAACAGACUCUAGAGGGAACAGAUUGUGAAUUUUGUUUACAGCAUCCAAUAUUUGGAUUUUUUUUGUAAAUAAAAAGAAGUUAUUUUUUUCUAUUGA